AUCGAGUGAGUACGGAUGUGUAUGCGCGCGUGUGUGUGUGUGGUGCAUUUGUAUGAAGUGGCCUGACACCAGUAGCAGUAGAGUAAGGUUGUUUUUUUUUUUACCUGUGAAUAUGAAAGAGGUAAGAGGUUUCAGUGACAAGUGGGGGAGGACAGUUUAGAAGUUUACGACAAGCGACUUGCCCUGAGCGAGGUUUGGACAGGAAAGAAAAAGCUACGACAAUCAUUUUGUUUUCGUUAAAAAAGAGAAAAAAGAACCUUAUAGAGAUACAGAUGUCCAUGUAUCUCUCUCAGAUGCAACAGAGUUAUGAGAAACACUUCAGACCUACCUGGAAUACACAGCCGAAGUCAAUAUGUGCAGUGAUAAUGACUCGAGUGAAAAUUACGAUGAUUUCUUGGAUUGUUGUUGUUGUUGUUGUUGUUGAUGUUGCUGGUGUUGCUUUUUUCGAUUUAUUUUAACCUGUUGAGUGUAGCUAGGUAAUUUUGUUGCUUCACCCCCCCCCCCCACUCACGCACAUAGAAACACACACGAGCACACACGUGCUGAUAUGCACACACACAGAUAACCACAAACUCACACACACGUACGUACGUACAUACAUACAUACAUACAUACAUACAUAGAAAUACUGCUCGAUCGAUCGGUGGUGAUCUAGGGUCGUACAACAUAGAAAUACACACACACAUAAACACACUUAGAAACACGCACCGACACAAAUAUAAACACGUUCACACUCGCAUAUAUACACAGACAUAUAAGUUUACAUACACACAAACACACACACACACACACACACACACACACACACACACAUACACACACUCACACACACGCACACAUACACACAGAUGCAAUAUGAGCUGCACCAUGUCGACAUCGGCGCCAGGGACAAACUCGACUAGAAACGGAUUGUGUAACCCGGUUCGUUCCCGGAGUCGAUCGCUGAACGAUCUGCCGGGCGGUUUGAAAGUUCCUCUAUUGAAAAGACCUGAACGUUUAAAACCAAGGAUCCAGGCUGUCCUGGCCGGCCUGGACGAACUCAGGUUACUGAAGGAUCAACACAAAAGCUUGGUGGAUGAGGCCAAAUAUGGAGACAUUUCUAAUACCAUUAACAGUGACAGCAUGCAAGACUUGUUUACGCAACAAGCUAAAGAAUGGUUGUCCAACUGCCGCACUCGUCUGUCUGUGACGAACUUAGAGAAAAUUUGUGAGGAAUCCGUGAAAGAUGAGAACAGUAGGUCAAAUGUCGAACGCAACCCAUCUUGGAAAAACAAUAACAAUCAAACGAAUUAUCGACGUCAAACAAAACGUCCAGUUAGUGUUUCCGGUUAUCCUGGACUAGAGCAUUAUGGGAGAUCUGAUGCUUUCCGAUAUGAUUUAGGGUGUGUGUCGAACAGAUUGGUAGAAUGGACCAAUCCUUUGGAGAAUAUCCACAGCGAAUUAGAGACCUUCUCCACCAUGCGCAGAGCUAGUUUUCAAUGUCAUGCUGUACUUACGAAGCGAAAAGGAGAAAUGUCACCUUUAACAGCCAGCAGGGAGUACCCGAGUCCCAUGCAUGCUGUUUUACGUCAGUAUCACUCGAAAAUUGAUGAGGACGAUAAAAUACUCAACGCAGGUAGUGAUAGCCAGAGAAAUGUAAGCAGUACGAAGACAAAAAACCAGAUUUGCAACUGUCUUGGGGUCUCUAAAGACGUCAAAAUUAACAGGCGAGGUUCAUUUACUGUAGGUAUGAACUACAAUAAGGAUUUUCGAGUUUCUCAGUUCGAUCCUUUACUUAGGCGAGCCAGCAGUUCUGAUAUCAAGAAGGUCAGCCGUAGAAGUUUCGAUUUUUCGCUGUGUCAAUUCAAGCAGACGUCAGAAGAACCAAGAAAAAUGGGGCAAAAAGCAAGUGAUAACCACACACACAAAUAUACAGAAUAUCGACCGCAAAAUGACGUUGAUGGGAGUCAGAGACACGUUGAUAAGCAGUCUGGAAGCCGUGGUUUAAAUAAAAAACAGGACCACUCGUCCAAUUCUAAGGAAAACUCUAAACCAACACAGAACUUUUCACGAAGUUCAAAAACUGAAGAACAGAAAAAAAAUAACGUUCAACUGGAGAGCUCCGUUUGUCGAAACACAGUAAACCUUGACAAAAAUAGCAUGUCAGAAUGUAAUAGAAAGAGGGACACGAAGAGCGACAGCAAUACAGAACGCUAUUCUGAGGAAUUCAGAAAGAAAAAUAAUUUAAAGAACGAGAAUAACAGAAUACCUACAAAACACAAUUCUCAAACGGAGAAUGACAGUAAUAGAAGCUUCCAUAUUGCUAAGGGAGAUAAUCUCAGUUUCACUUCCGAUGAGGGUUACGGAGCAUCAGUUGCCAGCACGCCCAGAGAACGACGACAGUUGAGUAUACAUUCGGACACCAGUUGGAUCUCAGCCGAUACGCAUGACAACAGAUCAUGUGACUUCAAUUGUGAGAACAAAGGCAACGAUACAAAUCUCAUUGUAAAUCCAAAUAAAAGUUCGAGACAUGUUUAUAAAAGUGGAGUGAAUGUGUCCACAAAUAAUUGGAAUUUAAAGGGCACAACACCCUUUCAAUCAAAGGUAUUACCAUUCAAACAGACUUCUUUGUGAUUUGGUACUCAGUUGUCAGUGCAUAUUGUUGCCAAUUUUGCACAAACUCACACGCGUGCGCACGCACACGCACACAUACAUACACAUACGUAUGUUUUUGCGUAUAUAUUGGCUGUAUAUACACACACAAAAAACACACACACACGCAUAUAUACACACUCUAUGCAUAUAUAUAUAUAUAUAUACAUACAGUGACACAUGCAUAUGCAUAUUCAUACAUAUACACACAGACUCACACACACGCACGCACACACACACACACACACACACCUACACGCACACACGCACUCAUGUAUAUAUACAUGCAUUUUCUUUUGUCUUUCAUUGUUUUGUAUGGACCACGGGACUUUAAUAAAAAGGUUUUAUCAAAGUAAAUUUUUUAAAAGAAUCAAAA